UAAUCAGAAUCUUUGAUUCAGCGUAUCACAGUCAUUAACAUAGUUGCAAUAGAAGUCUACGUACAUUAACUUCUGUCUUGUGUCACUUAGCUGUAUUAUACACACACAUACUUCUAUAUUUACCACCAUCCACAAUUCCAGAUUCAUUCAACCAUUCUCGCAGAUUCACCCAUCUCCCACGAAGACGAGGGAUUCAGUGUUACUAGGAAGACCUGAUGGCGUUUACUCCGAAACAGAUGUCUUUAAUUGUGGCAACAUUUGGUGUGCUGUCCUUCAUAUUUGGAGUCAUUGCUGAAAACAAGAAGCCUCCUUCUGGAACUCCAAUCACAGGAAAAGGCGUUGUUAUCUGCAAGUAUCCAUCAGACCCAACCAUUGUUUUGGGCUAUCUUUCAUUUGCAUUUCUCGUCGUUUCUUCGGUGACUGGUUUCUUGUCUCUCUUUUAUCCUUACAAGGGAAAGAGUAUUCCACAGGCAGCUUUAUUUCAGAGCACUAGCUUCGUUGUAUUUUUCAACAUUGCUCUGGGUACAGCUGGAUUAGCUGCAGCAUUACUAUUAUGGCCUACAAUAGUCGAACAGGGUCACCGGUCAAAUAAAAUUCAUCAUAAUAUGGAAACAACUUGCCCUACUGCUAAGACGGGCCUUCUUGGUGGUGGUGCCUUUGUUUCUCUUGAUUCAGCCCUCUUUUGGUUGGUUGCCCUUAUGCUAGCUGACAAUGCGAGGGAGGACUACUUCGAGGAAAAAGUAGUGGCGGGUAAAGCUGAUCUUGACAGUGUUGUAGCAUCUUAAUAAUGAUGCAAAUGAACCUAUGGAGCAAAGUGCAGCUAGUAGUAUUCUCUAGUCAUUAAGCUGGAUAUGUCAAACGUAUCAGAUUAUCAAUAUUUCCAGGAAUUAUCAUUUCGGACCUUGAAUCUGUGAAUACUUGUCAUAAUUGUUAUGUUUCUACUUUCAUUUGAAAUGGACCGAUUUAUAAAUGUAC